UGGGGGCGGCCCGCGGGCGGCCUCUGGCCCAUGGCCUUCAUCAUGAUGAAAAAGAAGAAGUUCAAGUUCCGCGUGGAGCUGGAGCUGGACGAGCUUUCCUCCGUGCCCUUCGUCAACGGCAUCCUCUUCUGCAAGGUGCGGCUGCUGGACGGGGGCAGCUUCAGCGGGGAGUCCUCCCGGGAGGUGGUGCAGGCAAACUGUGUCCGCUGGAAGAAAAAGUUCUUAUUUAUGUGUAAAAUCAGUGCCAGUGCCACAACAGGGAUUCUGGAUACUUGCACGUGCAGGGUGUCUGUACGGAAGGAAUUAAAAGGAGGAAAGGCAUAUGCAAAGCUGGGAUUUGCAGAUCUAAAUCUAGCAGAGUUUGCUGGAUCGGGAAAUACCACUCGUCGCUGUUUACUGGAAGGUUAUGAUACCAAAAAUACAAGACAAGACAACUCCAUUCUCAAAGUUUUGAUCAACAUGCAGCUAAUGUCUGGAGACCCAUGCUUUAAGACGCCUCCUUCCACAGCAACAUCUAUAGCAAUUGCUGGAGAAUCAGAAUCUUUGCAUGAAGACAGGAAAGGUGGAGAAAACUUAAAAGUAGCACAUCUGGGUGUAGCAGAUAUCUCAUCAAAGAGUGCCUCUGUCCCAGAUGAACUUGGUGCAUGUGGACAUUCCAGAACAUCAAGCUAUGCAAGUCAGCAAUCAAAACUGUCAGGAUAUAGCACAUGUCACUCUAGAUCAUCCAGUCUGUCUGAACUCUGCCACAGGAGGAACACCUCAGUGGGGAGUACCUCAACGGGAACUGGAAGUAUUCUAGAGCCAUGUGAAGAGUCUGAGCCAAAAGUAACUGAAGCUAAUAUUGAUACAUCUCCUGAAGAUGCACCAUCAGAAAAACAAUGCAGACAUCCUGUAAAGCAAGAUUCUGUGGAGUCACAGCUAAAGAGGGUUGAUGCUACCAGAAUUGACGCUGAUGAUAUAGUUGAAAAAAUACUUCAGAGUCAAGACUUCAGUUUAGACUCAAGUGCAGAAGAAGAAGGUUUAAGAUUAUUUGUGGGCCCUGGUGGAAGCACUUCUUUUGGAAGCCAUCUACCUAACAGAGUAGGAUCUGGAGCAUAUGAGCAGGUGGUGAUAAAACGCUGAACUAGAAUGACAAAUGAGGAAAACUUUGAGCUCUGGUGUUGAUACUUCUGGUUUUGUUUGCUCUGUUGCAAGAGUUGAGAAACACAAAAUUAACUCCAUGUGAUAUUUUUCUGAAAAGGAACGGAAUGCCUCUUGCUCCUAGAGCAUCAUCUUCUGUGGUAUGAAGGCAAUGUUUAACUGUGUAUACCUUGUGAGAGCACUUGGACUGUUUUUGUAAGCUCUAUCUGAUGUUAUUGGGAUUAAUUUUUGUGUGAAACAUCUUUGGAAGCAUGAUGAAGCAAGUCCCAUUUCGGUAUUUUAUACAAGAGAUCACUUGUGGUGAUGUACUUUGUUCGUGACUUCAUUAGAAAAGAAGCUUCUGAAAGUUGGUCUUAAAUGCACCUGAAAAAAGUAAUUACUCAAUUUGAUUCUACCUGCCACUGUAGUCUUAUAGAGGCUAAUUACUUCUAUCAAGUCAGUCAUUAUCAAGCCAAUGUUGUGGCCUCCACAAAACAGCUCAGCUAUGUUUUAACAGAACUAAAAGCUUAGGAGUACUGAGCACAACUUCACUGUAAGGUUGAACAGCAGAAGUGAACUCCACACACAUUUAAAAAAAACCCACCAAAACUAAAUACAUCUAAACCAG